AGUACUGUGCCCAUAUCAUCUGCUAAAUAUUUUCUGGAAAUCCUUGUCGCUCAUUUCCUUCGAAAUUAAAUACGCUGAGCCCACUUUGCAUGUUAAGAGAAGAAAUGUUUUUCACCUUCUUGAGUACAUAAUUUACAAGUUUGUGCUGGUUAAUACUAAAGCGUCCGGGCUGCAGAAAAUCCCUAUGGCCGAGGGAGAAAAGCAAAAGGCUGCGAAAACUCUUAAUUUGAAAAUUCUAUUUAGAGGUCCUCUGAAUUUUGUAACCUUAAUGCUGGUGCUUUUGUGCGUGGUUAUACUUCCUGGUUAUAAAUGUAUAUGGAUGGACAUCUGAGAUGUUUUGCAGGAUUCGCAAACUGAAUGGAAAUUAUUCUAGUAAUAUAUGGGAUCCUGUGAGGCUAAUAAUAGCAAUCAUAUUGGAUGGAUGUGGAAGAUUAUGGCAUGGGUAUGAGCUACAUGGCAUUGAAAACAUACCAGAUGGACCAGGGCUAAUUAUUUAUUACCAUGGAGCGCUUCCCUUGGACUACUUGUAUUUUCUGGCUAAAAUUUUUAUUCUGAAGCGCAGGUGUUGUUACUCAAUAGCAGAUGAUUGUCUUUUCAUAUUUCCAGGUGUUCAUGCAUUAACUGGUGUGACAGGUAUUAUUCAAAAUAAAAAGGAAGAGUGUUUAAAUGUUCUCAAGAAAGGCAAGCUACUUGGAAUUUCUCCAGGAGGAAUGAGAGAAGCACUCUUUAGUGAUAAAUCAUACAAGCUCAUAUGGCAUAAACGUAAAGGUUUUGCUCAAUUAGCUGUAGAUAUGAAAGUGCCUAUUAUACCCAUGUGUACCCAAAAUAUUCGAGAAGGAUAUUGGAUCUUUGGGCAAUCAACUUUAGCUAGGAGGCUAUAUGAAUAUAGCCGAAUCCCCUUACUUCCAGUGUGCGGUGGACUUCCAGUCAAAUUUCGUACUUACAUUGGAGAACCCAUUCUGUAUAAUCCAAAUGUAACUGCUGAGGAAUUAGCUGCAAAAACCAAAAUUGCACUCCAGUCAUUAAUUAGAAAGCACCAGCAAAUUCCUGGAAGCAUCUGCCGGGCUUUAUUGGAAAGAUUUCACAAAGAAAAGAAAAAGGAGUAAAUUGGUCAAAUGUUUUAAGCCAAG